AUGACUAGACCUGACUUAGCUUUCUCAGUUCAGGUUCUGAGUCAGUUCAUGCACUGCCCCAAAGAGUCUCACAUGGAAGCUACAUUGAGAGUGGUUAGGUACAUAAAAGAAGCCCCUGGUCUUGGACUACUAAUGCCAGCAGAAGACACCAAUAAGCUUCUAGCCUACUAUGACUCAGAUUGGGGAAGCUGCCUGGAAACAAGAAGGUCUAUAACUAGCUACUUGGUCAAGUUUGGUAGAGCCUUGAUAUCCUGGAAAUCUAAGAAACGGGAGACUGUAUCCAGAAGCUCAGCUGAAGUUGAGUUUAGGAGUAUGGCUCACUGUGCUGCUGAAGUUACAUGGCUUGUAGGGCUAUUUGAAGAACUUGGCAUACACAUUAAGCUUUCCAUAACCAUGGUGUGUGACAGCAAAGUAGCUAUUCAGAUUGCUGUUAAUCCUAUCUUCCAUGAAAAAAUAGAACACAAUCCUGAACUCUGA